CUAGUUUAGGUUUAUCUUGGGCCUGAAAGUUGUGGCUUCUGGAUAGGCUUUUGUCGGAUUUCUGGAUCGUAGUUUGGCUCCCUUUAAAGGUGGGGAUCAUGAGGGAGGAUGGAUGCGGGGGCAGAAGCGGGGAGCUGAGGGCUGGAGAGUCGCGGUUGACAUAGUAACUCUUCAGCUCCUUCUCCUGGCUCUGCGCUCAGGCUCUUUGCCACCCGAGGCCCCGCCCGUGCCCUGUGCCCAGGAGCCGGGCCGCUUCCUUGAGAGGUCCCCUCGACUGGAAGUGCUCAGGUCAAGGUCCCCUUUGCAGUUGCCUCCUCCUCCCCCCACCCCAAGUAGUGACUUCUACCAGGGCCAGCUGAGAAGCCACUCGAGGAGCCCAGUCGGCCAGGGGCGCACCCCUGGCCACAUCCUGGUCCCCUGGGUAUUGGUUUGCUCUAGACCAGUUCAGCAGGUGCCCAGAGGCCCCUCUUCCCCGGGUCGCUGCUGGAGUCUGGAGAGCCAUUCCCAGGAGUCCGGAGCAGGCCAGCCAGCGUUCGUGCCAUGAGCCAGAGCACCGCGUUCGUGCCCCGCAGAGGCGGCUCUCCCCUGGCUGGGAGCGGAGCCGGCGCGCGGCGCAACGAAAGCCAAGACUAUCUGCUGAUGGACGCGGAGCCGGGAGACGACGGCUGCCCGCAGCUCCCGCUGCCUCCCUACGGCUACUACCCGGGCUUCCGGGGCAAUGAAAACAGACUGACUCACCGGCGGCAGACAAUUCUUCGUGAGAAGGGGAGAAGACUAGCUAAUCGAGGACCAGCAUACAUGUUCAAUGACCACUCCACAAGCCUAUCUAUUGAAGAGGAACGGUUUUUGGAUGCAGCUGAAUAUGGGAACAUCCCAGUGGUGCGCAAGAUGUUGGAAGAGUGUCUCUCCCUCAAUGUUAACUGUGUGGAUUACAUGGGCCAGAAUGCCUUGCAAUUGGCAGUAGCCAAUGAGCACCUGGAAAUUACAGAACUGCUUCUCAAAAAAGAAAAUCUGUCUCGGGUUGGGGAUGCUUUGCUUCUAGCUAUUAGUAAAGGUUAUGUUCGGAUUGUGGAAGCAAUUCUCAACCAUCCAGCUUUUGCUGAAGGGAAGAGGUUAGCCACAAGUCCUAGCCAGUCUGAACUACAGCAAGAUGAUUUUUAUGCAUAUGAUGAAGAUGGGACACGGUUCUCCCAUGAUGUGACUCCAAUUAUCCUGGCUGCCCACUGCCAAGAAUAUGAGAUUGUGCACACUCUUUUGCGGAAGGGAGCUCGCAUUGAACGGCCUCAUGAUUAUUUCUGCAAGUGCACUGAAUGCAACCAGAAACAAAAGCAUGAUUCUUUUAGCCACUCCAGAUCUAGGAUUAAUGCCUAUAAAGGGCUGGCAAGUCCAGCUUACCUGUCACUUUCUAGUGAAGAUCCAGUUAUGACGGCCUUAGAACUGAGCAACGAGCUGGCAGUGCUGGCCAACAUUGAGAAAGAGUUCAAGAAUGACUACAAAAAGCUGUCGAUGCAGUGCAAAGAUUUUGUGGUUGGACUCCUUGAUCUGUGCAGAAACACGGAAGAAGUGGAGGCCAUCCUGAACGGGGAUGUGGAAACACGCCAUGCCGGGGACCAUGACCGUCCAAAUCUCAGCCGGUUAAAACUUGCGAUUAAAUAUGAAGUAAAAAAAUUUGUCGCUCACCCAAACUGCCAGCAACAGCUCCUCUCCAUCUGGUACGAGAACCUCUCCGGCUUGAGGCAGCAGACCAUGGCGGUCAAGUUUCUCGUGGUCCUGGCUGUGGCCUUCGGGCUUCCCUUCCUGGCUCUCAUCUACUGGUGCGCUCCGUGCAGCAAGAUGGCGAAGAUAAUGCGUGGACCAUUCAUGAAGUUUGUAGCACAUGCAGCCUCCUUCACCAUUUUUCUGGGGCUGCUCGUCAUGAAUGCAGCUGACAGAUUCGAAGGCACCAAACUCCUUCCUAAUGAAACCAGCACAGAUAAUGCAAAACAGCUGUUCAGGAUGAAAACAUCCUGCUUCUCAUGGAUGGAGAUGCUCAUUAUAUCCUGGGUAAUAGGCAUGAUAUGGGCUGAAUGUAAAGAAAUUUGGACUCAAGGACCCAAAGAAUACUUAUUUGAGCUGUGGAAUAUGCUUGAUUUUGGCAUGCUGGCCAUCUUUGCAGCAUCGUUCAUUGCAAGAUUCAUGGCAUUUUGGCAUGCUUCUAAAGCUCAGAGCAUCAUUGAUGCAAAUGAUACUUUGAAGGACUUGACAAAAGUGACACUGGGGGACAAUGUGAAAUACUACAACCUGGCCAGGAUAAAGUGGGACCCUUCUGAUCCUCAAAUUAUAUCUGAAGGUCUUUAUGCCAUUGCUGUAGUUUUAAGUUUCUCCAGAAUAGCUUAUAUAUUACCAGCAAAUGAAAGUUUUGGACCUCUGCAGAUAUCACUUGGAAGAACAGUAAAAGAUAUCUUUAAGUUUAUGGUCAUAUUCAUCAUGGUGUUCGUGGCUUUUAUGAUUGGAAUGUUCAACCUCUAUUCCUACUACAUUGGAGCAAAGCAAAAUGAAGCCUUCACAACAGUUGAGGAGAGUUUUAAGACACUGUUUUGGGCUAUAUUUGGACUUUCUGAAGUAAAAUCGGUGGUCAUCAACUAUAAUCACAAGUUCAUUGAAAACAUUGGUUAUGUUCUGUAUGGAGUCUAUAAUGUUACAAUGGUCAUUGUUUUGCUGAACAUGUUAAUUGCAAUGAUCAACAGUUCAUUCCAAGAAAUUGAGGAUGAUGCAGAUGUGGAGUGGAAAUUUGCAAGGGCCAAACUUUGGUUUUCCUACUUUGAGGAGGGAAGAACACUUCCUGUACCCUUCAACCUGGUACCAAGCCCAAAGUCCCUGUUUUAUCUCUUACUGAAGUUUAAAAAAUGGAUUUCUGAGCUGUUCCAGGGUCAUAAGAAAGGUUUCCAAGAAGAUGCAGAGAUGAACAAGAGAAAUGAGGAAAAGAAAUUUGGAAUUUUGGGAAGUCAUGAAGACAUUUCAAAAUUGUCACUUGACACAAAACAGAUGUCACACAGUAAACAAUUAAGUAUAAGGAGCUCUGAAGAUUUUCAUUUAAAUAGUUUCAAUAAUCCUCCAAGACAGUAUCAGAAAAUAAUGAAGAGGCUUAUAAAAAGAUAUGUCCUGCAAGCCCAGAUAGAUAAGGAGAGUGAUGAAGUGAACGAAGGGGAACUGAAGGAAAUUAAGCAAGACAUCUCAAGUCUCCGCUAUGAACUCCUUGAAGAAAAGUCUCAGAACACAGAAGACUUAGCAGAACUUAUUAGAAAACUUGGAGAGAAAUUAUCUUUGGAACCAAAACAAGAGGAAAGCAACAGAUAAUGCAAAGACUUCCUUAAAAUUUUUCAUAUUUAUUUGUCCACUUGAAGCCAUAUUAUUUUCUGGUUUAUUUUUUUAAGUACCAAUGAUAUGGUGACUGAAAACUUGGGUCAUCUGGAAUACUAAUAUCAAAAUUUUUAGUGAUAAAAUUUCAUUGGAGAGGUUAAAGAUUGCAGAUUGUGGUGAAACAUUUGCUUAAUUCUUUGGUGCUUGUUUUAUAAACUGCUUUCUUGAGGAUAACUGUUGUACUGAUGUGAAGGCCAUGUCAUUUUUUGGGGAUGGACCUCAGAUAUUAGAGAACAGAUUCACAUAGCUUCCCUUGUGACCUCCCUCCCACAAAAUGAGUACAGGUAUUUCCCUACCCAUGUGGGUUUCCUACUGGUGUAUUCUAAAAUAUGGAGGAAAUUAGUCUAUGGACAUUUGAAGGAUGCUGUUUAACCAUCACCUACAUUCUUAGUCCUCCUAUAAAAGUGAUCAAUACAGCCUAUACAAAAUGGACUUACAGAUGGAUGUAAGGGGCACACCUAUAAUCUAAACACUGGGGAGGUAGAGUUCAAGGCCAGCCUCAGUGUUAUAGUGAAUUUUAGGUCAGCCUGGGCUACAUGAGACCUAGCUUGAAUACUAAACACACAAAACAAAAUGUUAUAUUUUUUCCUCAGUUCACCUCUGAAAAUAUUACACUUAACACUGAGAAAGUGUUGUAAGCAUGUGUGUAUGGGUAUACGGGGGAGUAUGCAUGUGAACAUGUGUAUGUGUGUGGGUGGGGAGUAUGUUUGUGAACAUGUGUGUAUGUGUAGCUAGGUGAGUAUGUAUGUGAACAUGUGUGUAUGGGUAGACAGGACAGUAUUGUGAGAACAUGUCUGUACACAUACAUGAA